AAAUGGGGGUCCGUCGCGGGCAGACACACGCGCGAGCUAGCUGGGCGAAAAGCAGCUCACACAUGGGCACAUUCGCACCAUUCUGGCCUCAUAACAUGUGCAGCACGGCGCGCGUCUGCGGGCGGGAGGGCAAGCCCGUUUCGCCCACCAGUGUGCGAGUGUGGGUGCGGACGUGUGUAUGUGUGUGUGUGUGUGUGUGUGUGUGUGUGUGUGUGUGUGUGUGUGUGUGUGUGGGAGUGUUUAUUGUCCGAUCCCCCCUGUCGAUGGCGUUAUGAGUGCCGGCGAUGAGCAACCAGCCGAGCCAACCACUGCACCUCGCAAUCUGCCCAAACCGGCAGGCGGGUGGCAGAAUCCGGGGUUGGGCAUGGAUGUCGACGAUAAAGAGACGACGAAAUGGAUUAGCCGCUAUUGGCCCAGCCGCCUCGCAGUCUGCCGCUUGCGCUGGGACAAGACAGCAAUCAUCGACGUGAUGUCUUGGCUCGCUUUAGAUCCGGGUUCGCUGCCAGAAAGGGGACCAACAACAGCACCGCGCAGCGCUGACAACAGCUUCUGAGCCUGUACCGCCGACAAUUGCAUUACUGCGAAGGGGGGAGCGUGGGGGAGAGAAGACGAUGGAUCAGACCGGAGAGUGGCGAGAACGUGCGCAGUUCCGAGCAUGGGCACGCAUGCGCGGGAU